AUGUCUUCGUUCACCUGUGGCCUGCAAUACUGCGUUGUCGUUGCCAUUUUCACAAUCACACUACUCUACCUCCUGCACCGCUCUCUUCUACCCAAACCGAUCCCAGGAAUACCUCACAACAAACAUGCGGCCACCAACAUCAUGGGAGAUAUUGACUCCUUCCUCGAAAGCCAGGAACAAGGCAUCUCAAUGUUCCGUUGGGUCGCAGCCCAAACCGAGAACCUCCAAUCGCCCAUCAUCCAACUCUUCAUGCGGCCCCUUUCUCCCCCUACGGUCAUCGUUACAGACUUCCGCGAAGCAGAAGACAUAUCCAUGAGACGAUACAAAGAGUUCGACCGAACCGACUUCUUGCGGUACAUCUCUCAGCCGCUGAUGCCCCAGUUUCACAUGAUGAUGAAGAGCGAUGAUCCCUUGUUCAAGAGGCAGCGGAAAUGGCUCCAAGACCUGAUGACACCUGCCUUUCUCCACGGUGUUGUUGCGAAGCCCAUCUACGACAGCGUUCGGCAGGUAGUUGAGCUCUGGGAACACAAGGCUCGUCUGGCCGAUGGCCGCCCCUUCGAGGCCUUCAACGACAUCUACUUCGGGGCGUUUGAUGCUGUUCUAGCGUUCUCGUUCAGCAGCAACUUUCAGCACACGACACUACCAGGUCGACUGCAGCUGAUCUCGACCCUCGAACGCGUGGAACUCCCACCCAAGGGUAUCUCGCCGGUAGUCUUUCCGGAGAGUGAACAAAGCCAAGUCAUCAGGGCGAUGCUGCAACUAGCCGAAACGGUCGAGGAAACAAGAAAGGCAGUCUUUCCAUGGCUUCGAUGCUGGUACAUCCAUCAAACUCCCCGCACCAAAGCUGCCAAGAAGAUCAGAGAUGAUACUAUCAACCAAGAACUCGAGGCUUCUGUCAAGAGACUCGAGGCCGGCGAAGCUGCGUGCUCCGCGCUCGAUCACAUGGUCUACAGGGAAAAGCGAGUAGCCGAGAAGGAAGGCAGGGUGCCAGUGUACAAGUCAGUGGGUAUGAAAAGCGAAGCGUUUGGCUUCUUGCUAGCCGGGCACGAGACGACGGCCACGACCUUUGGCUGGGGCAUCAAAUACCUUGCAGACAACCCAGACGCACAAGCACGACUCCGCAAAGCCCUCCGCAAGCAGUUACCUGAAGCAAUAAAAGAGAAACGUAAUCCAACACACGAAGAAAUCAUGAAGACUACCAUCCCCUACCUCGACGCCACCAUUGAAGAGAUCCUUCGCUUCGCUGGAACGACCUCGGUCACGGACCGCGAGGCGAUGCAGGACACGACGAUCCUCGGCCACCAUAUUCCCAAGGGCACAAACGUGAUGAUGGUGACCAUUGGCAAGAGUAUACUUAAACCGGCGUUUGACAUCCCCGACGCUCUGCGCUCCAAGACGGCUCUCGACGCGUCGAGCCGGGUUCGGAGCUGGGAGGCAUCGCCAUAUCCCGUGGAGGACUUCAAACCCGAGCGAUGGCUAGUGAAAUCAGACAAGAACCCCAAACAGAUGGUGUACGAUGCCACGGCGGGGCCUCAAAUGGCUUUUGGCCUCGGGCCUCGGGCAUGUUUCGGGCGAAGGCUGGCGUAUCUGGAGCUUCGCAUGUUUACCGCGAUGCUGAUCUGGAACUUUGACUUUUUGCCGUGUCCUCCUGAAUUGUCCGAUUAUAGAGGCUACGACGGUUUGACGGUCAAACCUCGGCAAUGCUAUGUCAAGUUAUCGAAGAUCUCACAGUGA